UGUCCGUGUCAAAAAGAAGAGAGAGAAAUGGCUACAACACCAGGCGUUCUGACGGACUGGCCAUGGAAGAAUCUCGGCAGUUUCAAGUACAUAAUCCUGGCUCCAUGGGGAAUGCAAAGCCUGUACUCAUUUGCAACAAGGGAUAAAAACGAGAGAGACUAUAUCAAUUUGUUGGUAAUACCGUUUCUACUGUCGAGAGCUCUUCACAACCAAAUCUGGAUCUCCUUUUCUCGCCACAGAACUGCCAAGGGCAACAAUAGGAUUGUCGACAAGACAAUUGAAUUCGAUCAGGUCGACAGGGAAAGCAACUGGGAUGAUCAAAUUCUGUUGAAUGGAAUUCUGUUCUACUUUUUCAACGCCACAUUAGAAAGCGCUUCUUUCUUGCCCGCUUGGAGGACCGACGGUGUAAUCAUCACCAUGGUGCUUCACGCAGGACCUGUUGAGUACCUUUACUACUGGCUACAUAGAGCCUUGCACCAUCACUAUCUAUAUUCCAGAUACCAUUCUCACCAUCAUUCCUCCAUUGUCACCGAGCCAAUUACAUCUGUUAUUCAUCCAUUUGCAGAGCAUGUUGCAUACUUUUUGCUGUUUGCAAUACCACUCCUUGGAACAGUGCUCACUGGAACUGCUUCCUUGGGAUCGAUUUUUGGAUACAUCACUUACAUUGAUCUCAUGAACAAUAUGGGGCAUUGCAACUUCGAGUUCAUCCCUAAACAGGCCUUUUCUCUGUUUCCUCCUCUCAAAUACUUGAUGUAUACGCCCUCGUUCCAUUCUCUGCAUCACACCCAGUUCCGGACAAAUUAUUCUCUUUUCAUGCCGUUCUAUGAUUACAUUCAUGGAACGAUGGACACUUCAUCUGAUGCAUUAUACGAAUCUUCGCUCAAGAGACAUGAAGAGUAUCCUGAUGUUGUACAUUUGACACAUUUAACCACUCCAGAAUCCAUAUUUCAUCUCCAAGUGGGAUUCGCCUCUUUCGCCUCGAGGCCCCAGAACUCCAAAUGGUAUAUAUGGUUAAUGUGGCCUCUAACUUGUUGGUCUAUGGUGCUAAAUUUCAUAUACGGCCACACAUUCAUCGUCGAGAGGAACUUAUUUGAGAAACUCAAGUUGCAGUCUUGGGUGAUCCCAAGAUACAGCAUUCAGUAUUUCCUAAAGUGGCAAGGAGCAGCCAUUAAUGACCUUAUUGAAGAAGCCAUACUAGAAGCCGACGCCAGAGGUGCCAAGGUUUUAAGCCUAGGCCUGCUGAACCAGGGCGAUGAACUUAACAAAAGCGGCGCACUUUACAUCGAAAGGCAUCCUAAGCUAAACAUCAAAGUGGUCGAUGGAAGUAGCUUGGCAGUUGCUGUUGUCCUCAACAGCAUUCCCAGAGGCACAUCCGAAGUCUUAUUCUCCGGCAGCCUAUCAAAACUUGCUUUCGCAAUUGUUUCUGCUUUGUCCCACAGGGGCAUUCAGGUAGCAACAUUGUACGAGAACGUGAAGGUUAAACUGUCGGCAUUGCCACAGAGCAAGGUUGUCCUCUCCACAACCUUCACCCAGAAGGUAUGGAUCAUCGGCGAUGGAGUGACGAGAGACGAGCAGCUCAAGGCUCCCAAAGGAACUCUGUUCAUCCCCUUCUCUCAGUUUCCUCCAAAGAAAGUAAGAAAGGAUGGGUUCUAUUACUACACUCCAUCUCUUUUGGCUCCUACUCACCUAAAAAAUCUGCAUUCUUGUGAGAACUGGCUGCCGAGAAGAGUGAUGAGCGCAUGGCGCGUGGCUGGAAUCGUGCACGCCUUAGAAGGAUGGAACGUCCACGAAUGUGGCGACGCCAUUUUCGACGUUCACAAGAUCUGGGAAGCUGCACUUAAACAUGGAUUCCGACCAUCCAUCAUUUCUAACGUUAAUGAAUAAGUUAUAUGAAUGAGCCUGCAUUGCAUCCUUAUUUCUAUGUCAUUUCUAUCUGCAUCCAAUAUGUAAGCAAUAUAUUUGUCAAUCUAUUUACAUAUACAUAUAUAUUAUAUAGUAAUAUAUAUAGAUUGAAUGAUCCAAGGAAUAAUGAA